AAGGAUCUAGUACCAAUAAAAAUGAUAUUCAUUAAUCAAAGCCAAAACGGAUAUUGGCCUAGAAGUCAAAAUUAAAAUUUCUGCUUUUUGUUUCUAAAAAUCUUAAAAAUAUUAAAACACAGUUGUGGACUUGUGAACCCAAGUCUGUAAAUACACUAGCAACCGAUGUUACUAGUAGACUUACAUGAAUUAUUUUUGUUUUUUUUUACGAAAAAUUUCUAUUAUUAUUGAUCCCAUAAAACAUAGUUUUCUCCGGCCCCGAAUGACAUGUUUCAUUGGCUUCCAUUCAAGAUUUGUUUUGGAUGUAAUUCAGCUGAAAGUGAUCAACAUAAACGAAAUUGUUAGGCUUUCUAUCAAGGUUAAAAACAUUUAGGAGGAAUUCUAUUCAGUUAAAAAAAAACUCAUUAUAGAUCAAAAUAAAAAAUCGGGUUUGAAACUAAUAAAUAAAUAUAUAAAAAUUUGAAACAAACAAUCUACAUUAUUAAUCAAAAAAAAAUUGAUAGACAGACGAUUGUCUGAAUCAAAUUUCUCAGUAGUUUUUUUAACUUCCUUUGAGUCUUCUUCGUUAUACAUGCAUCCAAAAUUAUAUAAGCCUUUAACUGGGUAAUUUAAUGAUCUAAUAUACCAACACCGAUUUUUAAAAGUGAUCGUUCCGUCCUGUAUGAUACCUUAUCCAACAUUGAAACAACAAAAAUGAAGGAAAAACAAAGAGAAUGUCAGCCAAAUAACCAACAACAACAAAACAAAGCAAAAGAUCCCUCAAAAGGUUCAAGAUCCGAUUGGGUUCGGUUAUCUUUUCCUUUUUUCGUUUAAAUUCGUUUUCUUUAUCAUGGAGUUUGACCGGUUGACUUUCUAGAUAACUUACCGUCCAGUUUUACUCCUCGUGUAGAAUAAGGCCUAUUCUUAUUAUUAAUGGGCCUUAUUUUAUAAGAAGAAGGGCCCAUACAGUUCGUUGCAAAUUUUCUUAUCCGUCGGAGGUCGCCGGUGGAAGAAAAACGUCGACGAUAGCCUCGGCGUGACUGGUUGAGAGUCUUUCAAGCUCUGUUGUGUGAUUCGAGUUAACAGAAAAUGGGACUGUUAAGCAUCAUUCGGAAAAUCAAGAAGAAGGAGAAGGAGAUGCGUAUUCUCAUGGUUGGACUCGAUAACUCUGGGAAGACGACGAUAGUUCUGAAGAUGAACGGAGAAGACACAAGCGUGAUCAGUCCAACUCUUGGAUUCAACAUCAAAACCAUUAUUUACCAAAAGUAUACGCUGAAUAUAUGGGAUGUGGGUGGGCAAAAGACUAUAAGAUCUUACUGGAGGAACUACUUUGAGCAGACUGAUGGGUUGGUUUGGGUUGUGGAUAGCUCUGAUCUUAGGAGGCUUGAUGAUUGCAAGAUGGAGCUUGACAAUCUCUUGAAGGAAGAGAGGCUUGCUGGGUCAUCUUUGUUGAUACUAGCAAACAAGCAGGAUAUUCAAGGUGCUCUUACACCUGAAGAGAUUGGCAAAGUGCUAAACUUAGAGUCCAUGGAUAAGAGCAGGCACUGGAAAAUCGUGGGUUGCAGCGCAUACACAGGUGAAGGAUUGUUGGAAGGAUUCGAUUGGUUGGUUCAAGACAUUGCCUCCAGAAUUUACAUGCUUGAUUAAUUUUUGUGCUCCUCAAGUACCGAAGAUUCACUUUUCCAGACACACCACAUAUAGAACCUGUCUAUUUAUUACCACUGUCUUGAUUCUACUCAAGAGACUUCAUGUCUCCCCAUAUUAGCUUGUCUUUCGGAUUUAAUUGUACCAAAUGAUUCUACAAACAUACAUUUACGUUUGAAGACAAAAUCUUCUAA